GGCUGAGCUGGACCAAUGAGGAGGGGUAGUGGGCUGGUUUGCCUGUUCUCACGCCCAAUACACAGACACAGCCCGAGGAAAGUUUGGCUUCUCGGAGAGAGAGGAGCGAACAUGGCAGCGCGUUGGUGGCUUUGGUGUGUCUCCGCGAACAUGGCGGUGGCGCUGCUGCUCAGUUACGGGGUUCCCUCAGCCUCUGCCCAAAGAAAGAAGGAGAUGGUGUUAUCAGAAAAGGUUAGUCAACUGAUGGAAUGGACCAAUAAAAGACCUGUAAUAAGGAUGAAUGGAGACAAGUUCCGUCGCCUUGUUAAAGCCCCACCAAGAAACUACUCCGUUAUUGUCAUGUUCACUGCUCUCCAACUUCACAGACAGUGUGUCGUGUGCAAGCAAGCUGAUGAAGAAUUCCAGAUCCUGGCAAACUCGUGGCGAUACUCCAGUGCAUUUACCAACAGGAUAUUUUUUGCUAUGGUGGAUUUUGAUGAAGGCUCUGAUGUAUUUCAGAUGCUAAACAUGAAUUCAGCUCCAACUUUCAUCAACUUCCCUGCCAAAGGGAAACCCAAGCGAGGUGAUACAUAUGAGUUGCAGGUGCGUGGUUUUUCAGCUGAACAGAUUGCUCGGUGGAUUGCUGACAGAACUGAUGUCAACAUUAGAGUAAUUAGACCUCCAAAUUAUGCUGGUCCUCUUAUGUUGGGAUUGCUUUUGGCUGUUAUUGGUGGACUGGUGUAUCUUCGAAGAAGCAGUAUGGAAUUUCUCUUUAAUAAAACUGGAUGGGCUUUUGCAGCUUUGUGCUUUGUGCUUGCUAUGACAUCUGGUCAAAUGUGGAACCAUAUAAGAGGACCACCAUAUGCUCAUAAAAAUCCCCACACAGGACAUGUGAAUUAUAUCCAUGGAAGCAGUCAAGCCCAGUUUGUAGCUGAAACACACAUUGUUCUUCUUUUUAAUGGUGGGGUUACUUUAGGGAUGGUGCUGUUAUGUGAAGCUGCUACAUCUGACAUGGACAUUGGAAAGCGAAAAAUAAUGUGUGUGGCUGGUAUUGCACUUGUUGUAUUAUUCUUCAGUUGGAUGCUCUCUAUUUUCAGAUCUAAAUAUCAUGGAUAUCCAUAUAGCUUUCUGAUGAGUUAAAGAGGAUCCUAGAGAUAUGUAGACACUGGAGUAAUGGAAAUUGAAAAAUGUAUGUGUGUUUGAAAGGAAGAAUGUAAUUUGUGUAUUUUGUAUUACCUCUUUUUUUCAAGUGAUUUAAAUAGUUAAUCAUUUAACCAAAGAAGAUUUGUAGUGCCUUAACAAGCAAUUUCUUGUCAAAAUCAUGAAGUAUUUGGAUACAGUUCUCUUAACCUUCCCUUCCUGAUGAACUUUAUGUAACAUUUAAUUUAGUAGAAUUAAGUACAUUAUAAAAAUUUUAUAACUACAUUUUAAUUAGAACAGGGUUCAAAACUGCUUUAGUUAACUAUUUGCCACUUGAUUUUAUAUUAUCUUAUCCAAAGAUAGAGGAAAAAAUAGUCCUGACCAGGUGUUCCUACAUAUGCCUCUUACAAAUGAAUGCAUCAGGAUGCAUUCUUAGCUGUUCCAUCUUUGCAUGGAUGUGUAUACUUUGUACAUCUUUCCUUUUGGACAGAGAAACUGUAUGUGCUAUGUGAUCUUCUGAUACUUCUAGCCUGUAGAAAAGAAGACUAGCCAGUCCUCCCCCUCCUUCAUGUUUCCUACUGAAAUACAGUGUUGGCUAUGCUUCUUGGUAACUGUAGACAUUAAAAAGUCUAAGUACAGAAAAAAAAGUCUAAGUAUAGGAUUAUGAUUUUUGCAUGAGUGUGGUGUUAACUACUUUUAUUUGGAAAGAUUUCAGGUUCAUUCUGUCUCCUUAGUUUAUUUAAGGUAGGCCUCUAUUAAAAACAUAGCUUAGUGCUAAAAUCAGUGUAACUUCAAAAUGGUCUAAAGUGUUUCUACAAAUUAGAGAUUGUCACUUACUUCAUUUGUACCUCAUCAAAAAAUAGGUUCAUCUAGUUAAGCAUAUUUCAUUAACCCUUGUAUUUAGGAAAAGGACUAGGUUUGGAAAAGCAUAUCCUGAUAUACUGAGUUGUUGCCUAUGAAUAGAAAGUAAAUUGUUUCCUGAAAGUUAUGUUUUUGCUAUUAUUUUAGCCUUCAUUCUUUCACUUUAAGUGGAGAAACAGUAAACAUUUGAAGAGGUUUUGAGUUUUGUCUUUUUUUCUGUCAGUGGAAAUAACCAUAGAUGCUAACAAAAUAUCUGUGAAGAAUGAAAGUUGAUGGUUAUCAUUAGAUCUAGCCAUAACCUCCCCCAUAGUUAUGAAAAGUAUCCUGAAAUUUCACUAUUAUAAAAGUAUGAUAAUUACGGUUGUGAAAAAUUUUUAAAGAAAUCAAAGAAGUAUUACAUUAAAGUGAUAUUCUGCCUACUAUUCACCAUCUAACAAUUCUCCUAUGUGAUCUAGAAGUCUUGUAUAAUAGAGAUUUGCAGAAAAGAUGAAUUGCCUAAGAAGAAAUGUUUUACAUGGGUUUUUUGUUUUUGUUCCAAUAUUUGUUGGGUCAGGGCAUAUAUUUGACCUUUUACUCUUUAGUGGAUCCACUUUUGUCAAAUACUUCCCUAUACAUUGUGUGAUUCUGGAUUCCUUAUCUGCUGUUCUUGCAAUUGUCUCAGGCCAAAUAAAUUUAUGCUGUGAUUCUUAUGAGAUUUGUAUGAAGAUGCCCUGAUUUGUACAGACUGACCAGGGUAAUACUACUGCCAUGUAAUCUGUAUAGCUUUAGAUAUGUGCCAUGAGCAUUGAAAGAAUGACACUUUUUUGUAUUUGCUUUUUCUCCCUUAAGAUCACAUUUUUCUUGUGCAAGGAGAAGAAUUGCAUUCUGGCUAAAAUCUGUAGAAAGCAGAUUUACUAAACUUAGAGUUACUUUUGUGGAAAUUUUGAAAUUCACUUUCAUCUGAAGUGCCUUAAGUAGACUCUUAAUUUACUUUUCUAGUAAUGUUUUAAAUAUUUGUUAUGCAUUUAAAAAUACUUUUCAAAAUUACACAUUGUAAUAGCAAAGAUAAUCAAGUGUCUGGCUGUUUGCUUUUUGACCAUAUCAAUAAAAUUUUACAAUCUAAA